AUGUCCACAUUACAACGUCGUCGUGUCAAUAAGGAUGAUUCAGAUAAUGAGACGGGAUCUGUGACUCCGAACGUGGAACGUGACAGUGAUAAUGAUAAUAAAGUUGCUUAUGAUCCGGAGGAGGCACGCAUGAGAAAUGUGGGCGGUCAAGUGCCUGUUUUGACUUUGAUGGAGGAGGUUCUAUUGAUGGGGCUUAGAGAUAAGGAAGGUUAUUUAUCAUUCUGGAAUGAUAAUAUUUCGUAUGCCUUGCGUGGAUGUAUCCUUAUUGAAUUGGCCUUGAGAGGGAAGAUUCAAAUAUUGGAUGAUUCUGCUAGGAAAAGAUUUGAACUAUCGGAAAGAUUAGUGCAAGUCAUUGAUGGGACGAAGACAGGAGAGGUAUUGUUGGAUGAAACUUUACAAUUGAUGAAAAAUGAUGAACCAUUGAGCAUUGCAAGUUGGAUAGAUUUGUUAAGUGGUGAAACAUGGAAUAUUAUGAAGAUUAACUAUCAAUUGAAGCAAGUUAGAGAGAGAUUGGCGAAGGGUUUGGUAGAUAAAGGUGUCCUAAGAACUGAGAUGAAAAAUUUCUUUCUUUUCGAUAUGGCAACACAUCCGGUGACGGAUUCUAGUUGUAAAGAGGCAAUUAAGAGAAGAGUUCUUUCCAUUCUGGUGUCUAGAAAUAUGGAAUUGAGUUAUAAUAAUUAUUUCCCGGAGACAACAAGGUUUAAAAUUAUCAGAACCAUUGCGUUAAUUUGUGGUGCAUAUGGAGCAAACGUUCUAGAAAAUUUGUUAGGUUCUUUGGAUUUUGAGAUGAGUGAUAAUGCUAUAGCUAGGGCAGAUGAAUUGAUUGCCCAAUUCUCUAAGUUCCCAUUUGAUUUAGAGACUCCUACUGCAUUGGGUAUAUCAGUUAAUUUGAAUAGAGAAGUACAACAAGAAUUGGCAGAUACUCCUGGAUACGACUUACAAUUGGAAGUUAUUGCUGGUGUUAUUGAAGUAUUCUCUAGAAUGGAUACCCUGUUGUGA